GCGGUUUUCCACCCUGUCAGGGCCCUGUGUGGUGGAAAGGGCGUCAUUGACGCGGGAUAAAUCAAGAUGGCUACCUGCAGGGCAGUUGCUUUUUGCAGGGUUCUGCAAGGUUGCCGGGAUCAACGGUUGCUGCUUGGGUGGGGACGACGGCUGUGCAGCGGAGGGGGGCGCGCGGCAACUGACGCGAAGACGAACUUUGGGUUCCAGACUGUGUCUGAGGAAGAGAAGGGAGAGAAGGUUUACCAGGUUUUUGAAAAUGUGGCUAAGAAGUAUGAUAUAAUGAAUGAUUCAAUGAGUCUGGGUGUCCAUCGAAUCUGGAAAGACAUCUUCUUGCACCAAAUGAACCCAUGUCCAGGAACCCAGUUGCUUGAUGUUGCUGGAGGGACAGGUGACAUCGCCUUUCGAUUUAUCAAUUAUGUUCGUUCCCAGCGGGAGCACCAGGUCCGACAGAAGCUGAGAACACAUCAGAAUUUAUCAUGGCAGGAAAUUACCAAACUUUACCAGGAAGAGGAGCAUAAACCAUUGGGGGGCUCCCAUGUGGUGGUCUGUGACAUUAACAAGGAGAUGUUGAAGGUUGGAAAGCAGCAAUCACAACGCCUUGGCUAUUCUGAAGGAUUGUCCUGGGUGCUUGGGAAUGCAGAAGAACUGCCCUUCAAUAAUGACAGUUUUGAUGUUUACACAAUUGCCUUUGGUAUUCGAAACGUAACUCAUAUUGACCAGGCACUACAGGAGGCCUAUCGUGUCUUGAAACCAGGAGGGCGGUUUCUGUGUCUGGAAUUUAGUCAUGUCAACAAUUCCCUGGUUUCCAGUCUCUAUGAUCUGUAUAGUUUCCAAGUUAUCCCCGUGCUGGGUGAGGUGAUUGCUGGUGACUGGAAAGCAUACCAGUACCUUGUAGAAAGCAUCAGGUGUUUUCUGACCCAGGAGGAACUGAAGGAACUGAUGGAAGACAUGGGCUUCCUGAAGGUGGAAUAUCGAAACUUGAGUUCAGGCAUCGUGGCCAUUCAUUCUGGCUUCAAGCUGUGACCUUCAAGAAAAGCAUUUCCUGAUAGAAAAUACGUCAUCAAAACAGAUUCAUGAAAAGAAAUUAGUCUCUCUGAAGAACCUAUAUUUAAAGACUCAGAACAAAGUUUUUUGGGUGCAUUUUUUUACGAAAGUCAGCUGUAGCUAUUUAAGGCAUCUUUUCAUUCUGUCCAGUAAUGAUAUGAGACUUGCAUUUAUUGAACCAGGGACUUUUGACAGUUGAUAUAUAUUUAACCCAUUUAUAGCACAAAAAUAUUACAAGCCCUGGUUUUUCUGUUCUUCAAUCAUAUGAAACUAGGUGGAAAACGAGAUACUAGUGUUAAAAUUAAAAGUCUGGAUUUCCUGAACCUAACUCUGGUAUAGUGUGCUAACAGGUCUCUUAUCUGACUCUAAGGUUGUGGAAGAAACCUCUUGCCUGCUACUUCACAGUAAGUUGUUCACUGAACAGGAAUGCUUGUGAUUUAGAUCACAGCUUCAGCCCUUUGCCCAGAAUUAGUAACAGCAGAUAUGCAAGUUUAAAUGUCAGGCUUCUUCUUGAAGUAGUUUCAGUAUAAUAGAGAAACCAUUAUGGAACCUUGGAUGGCAUAACUGCUAUAUAACUACGUACUUCACAUGGGAUAGGAAGACUUUUUGUAAUGCCCAUGAAAUCUUCCAAUGCACAAGCUUUUAAAUAAAACUGAAAUAUUUCAUUUCUA